AUGGCCUCGCCUGGCACGGACGACGACAUCGGCGACGAGCACCUGUUCGACGGCGUCCGCUUCUUGCUGGUCGGAUUCAACAGCGAUGACGCGUCCCAGUACCGGUCGGAGAUGGUGCGGCUCGGCGGCGCCGACGCCGGGCCGUCGGGCAAUGGGUGCACACACGUGGUCGUGGAGAACCGCAUCUACGAUGACCCGACGUGCGUGGCCGCGCGGGCGCAAGGGAAGAAGGUCGUCAACGGGCUGUGGGUGGAGGACAGCUUGGAUCACGGGGUGCUUGCUGAUGCUGAUAGGGUUAUGUAUUGGCCGAUGAGACAUGUGAAGGGAAUACUGGGUGCUCAAUCAUUGCUUAUAUGCUUGACGGGUUACCAAAAAAGCUAUCGCGAAGACAUGAUGAAAAUGGUUUCUUUGAUGGGAGCACGGUUCUCAAAACCUUUGAUAGCAAAUGCGGUCACUCACCUGAUUUGUUAUAAAUUCGAAGGUGACAAGUAUGAGGUUGCAAAAAAGGUGAACAUCAAACUUGUUAAUCACCGGUGGUUGGAAGACUGCUUAAAGGCAUGGAAAAUUCUCCCAGUCAGUGAUUAUAGCAAAAGUGGUUGGGAGCUAGAGUUAAUGGAUGCACAAGCACAAGCCAUUGACUCUGAGCAUGAAGCAGAAGCAUCAUAUCCAGGGUCAUUGAACAAUAGGCCCAGUGUCAGUGGUAACAGAGAGGUGGUGGCAGGAAGGAAUUUGAACACUCCUGUUCAUACCAUAAAUACAGAAAAUGCAAACAACAAGACACAUGAUAUUAGAGGCCAAAGCAGUGCCAACUCUAUGGUUGCAGUUUCUGCUAAGGUUGAUGUCCUUGCACCCAUUCAAAGUCCUGUUCAUAUCAUGAAUAUAGAAGAUGCAGACAGCAAGACAAAUGAUAUUACAGGCCAAGAUAGUCCUGACUCUGGUUUAUUGGCAAGUUCUGCUAAAGCUGAUAUACUCGCACCCAUUCAAUCUUCCGGUGAAAAGAGAGAUAUAGUAAGGAACACAAAUAGUCCGAAUCUGCAGGAAGUUAAAGAAAAAUAUGCUGGUGCAAGGACACAGGACCUUGCAAGUGGUGUUCUGGGUCCUCCAAGCACAAGCAAAAUUACUGUUUUUAGAAAUCAUCGUGUAGAUACCUUAAAUGGGACCUUGGGUAUUCUAAAAGGCCAUACAGAUCAUGUUUCUGGAAAAUAUUCUGCCAGUCAUGAUCAAACCAAUGUAGCUGAAGUCUUAUUGACCAACCCUUUGAGAGGAAAUCAGUCUGUGGAUGACCUUGAUUCAUCAAAAGUUGACAGAUGGCAACAUCAGGAGAAGGAUGGACCCUCAGGUAUUCAUAUCGCAGCAGCUGGUCAGUUAAAUGCUGAUGCCAAGCUCAACAAUCAUGAGUCCAAUCGAAAACCUGGCGGUGAUUCCAUGUUCAACAACAUCAAGAACACAAGUAAUGAUAAAAAGGCCUCUCAGAAGUCAUUUUUACAGGAAGGGCAUUCAGUUAACCAUAUGGCAUCACCUCAGAGGGCUGAAGAAAGCACACUGAGAGGUUACCCCAAUAUUUCUACAUUAGAAACGGGACACCAAAAGGUUGUUGAACAUGCUGAUGUUCAGAGCAUUGAAGGCAAUGAAAACACUAAGAGUGAGGAUGGACUAGAUGGUGCAUAUGCUCAGAAAAGGAAGAGCUUAGUCUCCCCAGCUAGCUUAAAUUUGCAAAAGGAAGAUCUGGUGUCAGAAACUGGUCCUUUAGAUUCUCGAUUUGUGAGUAGACUGAGUGAUGCAUCUGAAACAGCAAAUGUUUCAUCUGAAAGGAUAAAUCUAGUUGAAGCUAAUGCUGUUAAUUUGGUAAAGCAACACUCUAGCUUUUCUACAAGCAGACAAACAAGAUCUAGGAAGACUUCUCUCAAGCAUGGUGGUCCCAUCAGUGGAAUCAAGCUUCCUGAAUAUUCUUCAAGUGAUAAGAACGUAAAAUCUUUACGGAAAGCAAGAAUGUCAUUCAAAGCAACGGCAGAAAGUAAAUGCACCAUGAGUUCUUCAGCCACUGUUCAAGAUGGAAAAACAAGUGCAGGCUUUCAGUUUCAGAAUAAGGAUGGGGAAAGUACACAGCCUAGUGGUGAUGCAUUGAAUGAGAUAGGAAAUGCCUGCACAAAGGAUCAGGCACAUGAAAAAUCUGUACACAGUUCAAGUAAUUCACAAGUUGUGCCCUCUUAUGGAAAUGCUGGCAACAGGAUAGCCGAUCCAGUCAAAGCGAAUGGUAAUGAAGUGGCAUUGGCAUCAAAUUCUGAACUUGAGAAGGUGGUGUCUGAUGCCACUGUGAAAGAAAGCACAAAACAAUUUCAAGACACUUCUAGGAAUGUCCAGGCUGAAACGAGUUAUUCAAAGAAAGCACCAACUACUAUAAGAAGGAAUGCUGGUGUCAAGAGGCAUCGGAGUGCUAAUAUUGAGUCUGAAGGGUCAGUUAUCAGCAGUGAUAAGAAAGUUGUUGCUGAAUCCUCGCCUGCCAAAGUGAUUCAUCAUGAGCAUGCUGAUCCAGUCUCUAAAAAUGGCUACAGUGCAGCAUGUGCAGCUGAACUCAAAACAAAUCCUCCAAAGAAAGCACCGAUUUGUAGAGUGACAGAUACUGUUGCAAAGAGGACACGGAGUGCUUGCACCAAGAUAGAUGAUGCACGGGUAGGUUCUAGUUUGGAGUUCAGUAAAGUGAUGUCUCAAGAAAAUAUUGAGAUAAACCCCCAAAAAAAUCUUGAUACUGCAAAUGCUGAUGAACAACAAAGAAAUUCACCUAAGAAAAUACCAAAUUCCAGAGUAAGGAAUAGAGCUGCGAAGAGGUCAUGGAAAUCUGACACCAACAUGAGCAACGAUACAUUAAUGGUCAAAACUGAGACAGUGGCUGCUGGUUCAUUGUUUGAUGACUGGUUUCCCUCAGGCAAUGUUGAAGAUGAAGAUUGGCCUAAAAAGAUUUCUAGUUAUGCAAGUGUUAAUGACUGUGAAACACUUUCUCCCAAGACCGUAUCAAAUGCCAGAAUUAGGAAUGCAGCUGCCAAGAGGAAAAUAAAAACUGUAGAAGACAAGUCUGGUGGCAAGUUUGGCAAAAUUGGUAGUGCCAUUACAUCUGAAACAAAAGCUUUUUCAUCAAAGAGAACCGAAGGGAUUGCAUGUAAUAUCAACAAAGUAACUGCUGAUCCAGACUCCGAGAAGUCCAGUAAGGAUGUGAGGAGAGAGGUAUCUGGACUAUUUUGCCAAGAUUCUUGCACGAUAGACAAGCAAGGACCAUACAAUUCUAAGUUGAGAAGCAGCAAAAGAAAUAAAGCUCUGACUUCAGCUCAUGAAAAGGAGAACAGACUAGGCUGUAGUGAUCUCAAGUCUAAACCAAAUAGAACUGGCAGUUUGUGUUUACUAUCUGAUGCAAAAUCAAUGAAGAAAAGCACACUUGUGCUCAGUAAGCACCAAAGGGAAAAAAGAAGUGAAUCUGGAACCUUGAUCAUGAGUGAACCUGCAUUAUUUAUUUUAAGUGGAAAUCGUCAGCAGAGAAGGGAUUGUCGCUCAAUACUUAGACGCUUGAAGGGACGAGUUUGUAGGGAUUCACAUCAUUGGUCAUACCAAGCAACACAUUUCAUCGCUCCAGACCCUCUGAGGAGAACCGAGAAGUUCUUUGCAGCAGCUGCAGCAGGCAGGUGGAUACUCAAGAGAGAGUACUUGACCUCGUGCAUUGAGGCUGGCAAGUUCGUGGAUGAAGAACCAUUUGAAUGGUUUGGUACAGGCUCUAAUGAUGGAGAAACAAUCAGCUUUGACGCUCCCAGAAAAUGGCGAAAUAUAAGGCAGCAGAUGGGUCAUGGUGCCUUCUACGGAAUGCAGAUCGUUGUCUAUGGACCGCUCAUAUCACCAACUCUGGACACAGUAAAGCGUGCAGUAAAAGCUGGUGAUGGCGCCAUUUUAGCAACAUCACCGCCAUACACUCGAUUCCUAGACUCCGGGGUUGACUUCGCCGUAGUAUCAGAGACCAUACCAAGAACAGACGUAUGGGUUCAGGAGUUCAUCGGUCACGGUAUUCCCUGUGUCAGCGCUGAUUAUCUGGUUGAGUACGUCAGCAAGCCUGGCCAACCCCUCGACCGGCAUGUUCUGUUCAAGACGAACCACGUGGCCAACAAGUCCCUUGAGAAACUCAUGAAGAACCAGCAAGAGAUGGCCACGGUGAAGUCAGAACCGUCGGAAGACAAUGAGGGGGACGAUCCGGAGGACCUGAGUUGCUCGGCGUGCUUCCGCAAGGACCGGGGAGACGUGAUGCUCAUCUGUGGCGACGAGGACGGUGAGAUCGGCUGUGGGAUCGGUAUGCACAUCGACUGCUGCGACCCUCCGUUGGAGGCUGUCCCCGACGACGACUGGCUGUGCCCCAAGUGCGCCGCACUGAAAUCCAAGGCGAAGCGUACUACUAGAGGCACUGAACGCAAGGCCAGAGGAGGAUCCAGGCGAAGGUGA